AGAUUUUAAUUGUUAAUAUUUUUUUUGUAGGCUAGAGCAUUUAAGAAAUUCUUGCCAAUGUUUGAUCGUGUCCUGGUUGAAAGGUUUGCUGCAGAAACAAAGACUAAGUCAGGAAUAAUGAUACCAGAUAAAGCUCAGGGUAAAGUUCUCGAGGCCACAGUUGUUGCAGUUGGAGGAGGUGCCAGAAAAGAUGGAGCGGUGGUGCCAGUUUCAGUAACUGUUGGAGAUAAAGUCAUGUUGCCAGAAUAUGGUGGAACCAAGGUUGUACUGGAAGACAAGGAAUACUUUUUAUUUAGAGACUCAGAUAUUCUUGGAAAGUUUGAACCAUGAAGAUACUAUGAAGGGAAGAAAAAUAUCAUUACAUAAUAACCUAAUACAGUAAAGACAGAAAGAAGUAUUGUUAAAUGUAAAAAGGAGUCGUUACAGUUCAUGUAUAUGGCUUAAGUAACAAAUACAGUUAAACACACAUCAUUUUAUUGACGUUUGCAGUGAUGUGCUUUGUUUGCAGUUAUUAGUCCCCUACCGGUUUAACCGGAGGGGACUUUAGGUUUACCCUCCGUCUGUCUGUCUGUCCGUCAGUCUGUCAGUCCGUCAGUCCGUCCGUCCACAAAACUGGAUCCCGCGAUAACGCAAAAAGUACUGAAAAUAUUUUUAUGAAACUUGAUAUAUGGAUAGAUGGCAGUAUGGAGAUUAUGCACGUCUUUUUUUUUCUUCCUAUGUUGAAAAUUCUGGUUGCUAUGGCAACAAAUAGUCUGAAAAUAUGGCAAAUUUAACACAUAAACUGGAUCCAGUGAUAACUCAAAAAGUACUGAAAAUAUUUUUAUGAAACUUGAAAUAUGGGUAGAUGGCAGUCUGGAGAUUAUGCACAUCUUUUUCUUUUCUUCCUAUGUUGAAAAUUCUGGUUGCUAUGGCAACAAAUAGCCUGAAUUUCAAGAUUUCUGAUUUAAAUUUUUCAGCUUUUUCACUAUAUGUUCUUUAUUUCUUAAGGUGUUUACUUCAAACUUUAAAUAUAAGUUUCUGGUCAUCAACCACAUCAUAUGUGACAAGGUUUAUAACUCUAGCACAAAAAAUAUCAGUAUUACCUCCCUUGAACUUUGAUUUUUUAGGGGAAAAAAUGUUGUCUAUUUUAAAUAACUUCUUUAUUUCCUAAUGUAUCUACUUCAAACUUCAUAUAUAUGUUUCUUAUUAUCACUCGACAUUUUUGAGAAGGUUAAAUACUCUAGCAAGACUAUUUCCAGAAUUAUGUCCCCCUUGAACUUAGAUUUUUUUCGAGAAACUGGUAUUUUCACUUCAACUUCUUCAUUCCUUAUAGGAUUUACUUUAAAAUCCCACAUCGUAAUAAUAUGACAAGGUUGUAUAAACAUAAUUUCCUUACUAAGCAUGGAAACUUAACACAUUACUGUGAUAUAGACAAACUUAUUUUAUUAUGUUUUGUGGUUGAUAUUUUCAAAUACAGACUUCAUCCUCAAAUUCAUUAUAAAUGGCAAUACACAGGAGUGUAUGACAAUUAAAGAACUUUUUGAGGGACCGGUAGGGGACUACUGUAUUGCCCGCAAUACUAUCAAAUGCUUGUUCUAAUAUAAAUUCUGGCUGGAACAGUGACUAUUCCAUCGUCAAUUAUGUCAAAAAGUUACUAAAUAUAUUAAGUUGUAUUAAUAGAAUGUUUUAGUAUUUUCCUAUAUUUUGCCCACAGAUUCAUGUAAUCAUUGAAGCGUUUAUUUUAUUGAUAAUUGCCAAGCUGUUUUUAUCUUGAUUCAUUUUGAUAUAUCUUCAGUGAAUCUUGAGUUUUGUUACAUUUAGUAAUAUAUUUUUAACCCUUUUUACCAGUGGUUAAAGCUGAUGUUAAAAAAAGUUGUAUAUCCAUUUUGGUUGUUUUAUGUAGUAACAGCAUCUUUAAAAUGCCUAGGAGAAAAACUUAGGUGAACAAUGUAUUACUGUUUUCUUUAUCAUGCUUCAAAACAUAAUCUCUAUAAGUUUGAGUUUUUAUAUGGACCAUUUACUGAAAAAAAUCAAUUGAUUGUGUAAUUUUUAGAGAAUAGAAUAUGUCUUUGAUAAAUAAAUUUUAAGAAACCUAA